AUGGAAGAUCUAUCUCGAAAAAUUCACCCGAGCAGUGAGUGGGAUUUCAUAAGAGAAUCUAAGCUGUAUUCGUGUUUUCAACACUGGCACAAUUCAUAUUACAUGAUGGCUGCAUUGGAUGCGCCAGAGGGGCGAUUCUAUAAAGAGGUGAAAAGAGUUGCCAUGCGGCUGAAAAAGCUGCAGUUCGAUAGCAACACCCAAUUGCGUUUUCAGAAAAGGGGACUUGAUCGACAAGAUAACGAACCUCAAAAGACUUCCUCUUUCAAUACGACCAUACGCGAACAAGGCAUUGAUCUUGAUGAUAAUGCACACAUCGUGGGUGAUGGGAAACAACGUAGGCUUUUCGAUGCCUCAGGAAAUUCGAUGAGCUUCCUUCAAGAAAUAACAACAGAAGUAAUGGUUAUAGGAGCUAGCACGGCUUGCGUGCAUCUGCAUGUGCAGCAAAGUAACGACGAUACGUUAAGUACUGGGGAUGAAACUAACCCCGAACAAGCGGGUGUAUGCCAGGUGGAUGAAGGCAAAGCCGAGCUAUCAGUCAUCAGUAAAGGUCCGGAACCCUGGGUAAUAGGACGAGGAGAGGACCUAGGAAGGUGGUCAACGGGAACUUGGGUUGACCCCAGAAUAGCCGAUGUCACAAGUUAUAUGAUGAUCCUUCGUCAGCCCGCUGUGUUAAAGGAUGCUGAAAGGAUUCGCGUGCUUUUGGAUAUAUUGAAUAAAAUCGAAAAGCUGGGAAGUUACCCCAUGAAAUGCGCAGAGGACGUUGCUACUUCGGAUACGGAACUAACGCAAACCGAUUUAGUCACUCAUGACAUUGAUGUGGGUGAUCAUCCACCCAUCCGUCAGAAAACAAGGCCCGUCCUCUACGGAUACGCGCGGAACUGGACGCAGUGUUGCGCUAUCUAA